CCUUUGUACCCGCAAAGAUGAGUGUCAACUUUGUAGAUUAUUUCGCCAACGAGCACAAUGGAUACGAUAUAUUAUAUCAAAACAUGAAAUACGGACUGAUAGCUAGCAAAGAGCUCUCGGAGUAUCUUAGAGAGAGAUCGAAUAUAGAGGAGUCUAAUUCAAAACUCUUGGCUAAAUUAGCUAAACAAGCGAAUAGCAACUGCGCUCAGGGCACAUUUGCACCUUUUUGGGGUGUUCUUAAAUGUUCUGCCGAAAAAUUAUCGAAUUUACAUCAACACAUGUUUCAAAAAGUAAGUGAGCUUGUGAAGGAUGUUGCUAGAUAUGCAGAUGAGCUCCAUAAGAAGCACAAAGCCGUUAAAGAUUCAGAGUCAAGUACACUGGAGGUUGUACUACUCAUACAAAACACAAAACAAGCCUUACAAAAAGCAAAAGAUGUUUACACAUCAAAAUCCGCUGAGUUAGAGAAACUUAGAAAGGAAAACGCAUCAGCUAAAGAUAUAGAGAAAGCUGAGGUUAAAAUAAAAAAGUUGCAUGAAGACUAUAGACAGUUAGCAGAGAAAUAUAGCUUAGUGAAACAAGAUUUUGAGAAAAAGAUGACACAAACUUGUAAACAUUUUCAGGAUGUUGAGGAGGCCCACUUGAAGCAAAUGAAACAGUUCGUAAAUUCUUACGCAGAUAUAAUUCAAAACAAUCAUGACCUGAUGGGCCAGGUCCACAGAGAUUUUAAGCACCAGUGCUUAGAACUAACUGUCGACAAACUACUUGAACAGUUCCUUGUUGAGAAAUACAAUUCAUUAGAGAAGCCAACUUUAGUAGAGCUACCUCCAUCAUUACCAAAGCCUGGUUCUGCUAAUAACUCUAUAUCAGAAGUGGAUCAGAUAUCAACAGUUUCCAAUGGCUCUCACAAGCCAACACAACCAGCUAAAGCGCCCAAAAAAGAACCAUCUUUUGCUACUAAAACCUCAAGAAGAACUACUUCCCUUCUUAAUUUGUUUACACCAAACUUUCAAAGUAAAGAUGAGCCGAGUGUAAGUAACGAAGGUGCAGCUCCAUGUUCAGCACCUUCAAGUCCAAGUGGAACUCCAGCUACACCUGUAGCUCCGGACAAAGAGGAUAACAUGAAUCGAACUACACUGAGAGAAUCAAAAUGGUUCCUUAGAAGCCGAAGAACUAAGACUAAACUGAAAAAAUCAAAAAAGAAAAAAGAUGAAAUUUCUGAAAACUCUAAUGUUGGUGAUAGGUCUGAUUUUGAGGAAAAAGAGGAAGAAACUGCUACUAAAGUUGAUCUUAUGAAUUCUCCGGAAGUUGAUGAUGAAGGUUUUUGUAUAAGACCUAAAGAUGAGAAGGGUAGUGGGUACUCUUCUUCAGAUUCAGAUUCUGAAGAAGAGAGAGAACAAAAGAUACAUGUUGAAAUAAAACCAAUUAGCAAUGGAAAUGCUCCAAUGUCAGCCAGUGUGGAUGAGCUCAGGGCUACAGUUGAAAACAUUAGCUUGUACAAAAUUGGUACGACCAGACGGGGUUCAAAUGCCAAUGCAAGUAAAGCAAGCAGUGAUUUAUUAGACUUGAACUUCUUUCAAAGUCCAAACCCCAGCAACCCAACCUCACCUCACGGUAAUGUUUCGAAUCCCUAUGCUCCAUUACAAACGAACCAGUCGCAUUUACUCGAAAGUCCCACUCCUGUUUCGACCGCCGAUGUAGGCGAUUUGUUCUCGGAGGUUGGUGAAAUGAGUCAAUCGAAUUUUCGAACGUCGACACCAACAAUUUCGACUAUUUCGCUUCCUCGUCCGCCGUCGAGGCGUUCCGAAGGUGAUUUCCGUACCGCAGGCUCAUCAGGGUCCCGCGGUCCUUCGCCGCUAACAAUAGGCAUGGCGGAUACUAUACCCUUAGCGGUAGCUUUCCAUGAAAUUAUACACUCCUACUUCCGAGGGACUGAGGAAGCUAAAUGUCAAGUAAAAAUGUCGGGCGACAUGAUGCUAUCCUUCCCAACAGGCAUCGUAGGCGUACUCGCUAAUAAUCCUAAUCCAGCGAAACUUUGUUUUAGGCUGAAAAAUAUACAUAGACUUGAUAACGUUUUGCCUAACAAACAACUAAUAAGUAUAAACGCCAUGAUGUCCACUCGCGAUACUACAGUCGUAGAAUUUAAUAUGCCCGCGUUAACGUCACUUUUAAAACGACAAUCGGAAAAGAAUCCAACAGCGCAAUAUUUUAAUGUUGAUAUUCUGAAGUAUCAAAUACGACCUAAAACAGGCGCAGCGUCGUGUCCAUUACAAAUGGUGUCUUAUUGGAAAUGCGAGCGUGAUCACACGGAUCUUAAAGUAGAUUACAAGUACAAUCUUCACGCUAUGAGCCCACCUUCACCAUUGCUUAAUGUCUCUGUGUGCGUACCAAUGAAUGGUUCCGUUAAAAACGUCAUUGCAAUGCCUAAAAAUACCUGGAAUUCAGAAAACGAACAAGCGAUGUGGCGCUUUACAGAACUAUCGCAACAUUCAGAAGAUAGAGGCGUAGGUUCGCUGAGAGCCCGUUUCGAGCUGAGUAGCGGACCUUCUUCUAAAACAACAAUUUCAGCUCAAUUCAAUUGCGAAGGGGCAACACUAUCGGGCAUCGAGUUCGAAUUAAUUGGGAGCGGGUAUCGUCUGUCUCUCGUGAAGCGUCGCUUCGUAUCCGGAAAAUAUAUUUGUGAUAGCGAUACAUAAUGAUCGGGCCAAUCUUUUAUAACUUUUGCAUGUUGAGUAUACUGUCGGAAUAUAAAGCAUAGUUUUGGGUAUAACUCUGAACUGUAAAUCUUUCGUACCUUAUGGGACUGUUUCCUGUCCGCUGAAAUAAAUUAGAUCACAUUAUUUGUCAA